AUGUCCGCCUCAUCCCCUAUCCAAUCCCCUCGAACACCAACCUCCUCCGCCUCCAGUAGCAACAGCAGCCGGCAUACGUUUGGUGCCGAUGCUUCACCAGCACUGCACCAGUACAGCGACGCCUUACGGCGAGCCAUGGAGGCUCGCUUCCAGGCCGUCGCUCGUGCUGGCUCAAACGCCAAGCUGCCGGAAGACGCAGCCCACGACCCGGACUACGGCUACGACGAGAACCCGUUCGACACCCGGGCGCGACUGCUGCAGAGCUUUGGCGAUAAGCUCGAGGGUGCCUCGCGGUCAUCUGAAAGCAUUUCGAGCGAGCCAACAGUGGACGGCCCGCCAACACCGGAGCACCCCGCCGAGCCACUCAACAACAUGAACGCGAUGGAGGUCACGCUCAACUCACCGAUAGACGAGUCAUUCAUCGAGUUUGGUCGGAGUAGGACGUCUUCGUCGUACCCCUCAUCACUAGAGCCCGACAGCGCCCUCAUGAGCCGAUCGGCAUCGUACAACGGGUGCGACACACCGAGUUCAGAGGCGAGCUUUGAAGCGGGGCGCGCCUCAGACUACCUGUCAUUAUACGGGCGCACACGCUCGCCAUCAGCGACGCCCAGCAGUAUCGGCUCUGCUCGAUUCCGACAACAACUCACGCCUCUGACGCCGUUGACGCCGGGAAGCAACAGCCGACGACGACGCUACCACCCGUACCAGGAGACGACGUGCGAGUGGGACGAGGCCGUGCUCACGCGGACGACUAGCGAGACGAUGCUCCUCGCCGCGGGCCUGGGAGCACAGCGGCAACGCCGCAGGCGAGUCGACGCUGGGGCCGCCCCCGCCUCUGGAACGCCAGCAGCGCCAUCGUCAGCGCCCCACCCGUCUGCACAGGUGCAGGCGGCGUGA